AUGGCGAAGCGGCAAGGCGGUAGUCGGACCCUGGGGCUACGACCGGAGGUGACAGUGACCAGGUUGGUCUCUCGAGACGACGACAAGGCGAAGCAAAUGGUACAUGAGAAGGCGACGAAACAGCAAACGAUAGCACCUGGAAAUGAUGACGACGUGAUUAUUCUAGAGGACAACGAUUAUGUUUUACGGAAGGACAGUGAAAAUAAAAGGGUCGAAGAUAACCUGGCAGGCAACGAGGCUAGUGGAUCUGAAAUGUCAGUGGAUGAGGCAAGCGUGAAAAAGGACAAGAGACAGCACAAGACAAUAGGGAUGAAAAUCAAGGAUGAGGUGAUGAGGAGAGUGAGAGAGGAUGAAAUAAAGGCGAGAGAUUCGGAUGCUUCCUUCCAAUCACUGAUCAACGCGAAAAGGAAACGAAGGGAGGAGGGUGUGGAUUAUGGCAGUGUGGAGUCGAAUCUGGACAUACAAACAGGGGACAUGGACACGGAUGAUGACUUGGAUGCGACAGUGAUGGACGAUGAUACAGGACGGAUGGAUAUGGUGAUGAAAUAUGCGGAUGGAAUACAGAAAUGGACGAAAGAAUUGGAUGAAUUGAGACUGGACAAUGAGAAGGUGCUAAAGCGAGAGGUUUUUGGAAGAAUGCUGGAGUUGCAGGAGUUAAUAAGAACCGGAGGGAAACGAUUGAUGCUGUACUUUACAACGGAGAGGAUGAAUCGAUCGGGAAGCGAAGAAUUGAGAAAGGAAGUUAGUGAGAUGAGAGGAGAGAUGGGGGAGCUAAAGAGAAGGAAUAUACGAUUAGAAGGAGAAAUUAUAGAAUUGAAGAAGAAGAAUACUUACCUCCAGCAGGAGAUCCAGAAGCAGCAGCAAAAGUCCAGGGAGCCCAUGACAGUAGAGACGAUGAAGUCCAACGGAUACUCGGCGGCGGUGAAGAGGUCCACACAGCAGCAGCAGCAGGCACCUGAAACAGAAAAGAAUAAGAUUAGUAAGGUGAAGAAGAAUGGAGGAAGAACCGGAAUGGACGGAGCGAGGGACGAGGUAGCGGAACGGUUGCUGGAGCAAUUAGAAAAUCUCAGGAGGUGUGUAAUGGAUUACUGUGGAAAAGGGAAGGAUGAGGCAUGUGUAGGAAAGGAUAAUGAGAAGGAGGAGGAGCAGGUGAGAAACAUGGAAAGGAAUAGGAUAACGAAGCGUGACCAGGAGUGGACGGUGGUGCAAAGGAGAGGAGCAGGAAGGAAUAAGGAAGGAAGGGAGAAUAGGAUAGGAGAGAAAAGGACCCCUAGGGUAGUUGCAAAGCCCCCACCAACAACGGAGGCAGUUGUAAUUACCUGCGAGGAUAAGGAGUCGGGAGGAAUGGAGCUUAUCCGAAGGGCCAAGCGAAAUAUAUCGCUGGAGGGCCUUGGAAUAGCGGAGGUGAGGACAAGGAAGACGGCGACGGGGGCCACCCUGAUCCAGAUUACUGGAGAAGGGAGGAAGGACAAGGCGGACGCACUUGCGGGCAAGCUAAAGGAGUUCUUCGGAGAGGCUCGCGUCAAGGUAAACAGACCGGUGAAAAGGACGGAGCUAAGGCUUCGAGGAUUAGAGGAGGGAACGACGAUGGAGGAGGUGAAGAGUGUGGUGGCGCGAAUUGGAGAAGGAAGCGAGGAGGAGGUUCGAGUAGGAAGGAUAGCGUGGAAUAGGAUGGGAUAUGGAUCGGUAUUGGUGACAUGCACGGCGGAGACGGCUCGAAGGUUGAUGGAGAAGGAGGAGAGGAUAAGGAUUGGAUGGGCGAGGAUAUAUGUGGAGAGGAUUGCACCAAGGGCACUGCGGUGCUACAGGUGUCUCGAGAAUGGCCACACUGGCGUCACUUGUGACAAUAGUGUGGACCGCUCGGGCACCUGUUUUAAAUGUGGCUCCAUUGGACACAAGGCGAAGGAUUGCCAAAAUCCAACACAGUGCAGUGCAUGCGUGUCGAUGGGCAUUGAGGGAAGCCACGUGAUUGGCGGUCCCAGGUGCAAUGCCCACACUGAAAGGAGGAAACGGAUGGAGAGCGAGAACACGGGAGGGGCCGGAUAA